CUGGGACCUACAUACACCACAGACAGAAACACACACCACCAUGGGUUGCUGUAACAAGCUGUGUGGGCGAAAGGCUGGAAUUGGGGCUGGAAUUGCGGUGUCCGUAUUAGGUAUAAUCCUUAUCCUCGUGGGGAACAAUAUCAUCCAUCAGACUGUUACAAAGGAAUCGGUCAUCGAGCCUGGGACCACAGCCUGGGACAACUGGGUGUCUGCAGACACACCUGUCUACAGACAGUUCUGGCUCUUUGACGUGCAGAACCCACAGGACGUGGUGGAGAAUGGGUCAAAGCCCACAUUGGUGGAGAAAGGGCCCUACACAUACAAGACGCGGUACUUGCCCAAAGAGAACAUCACGGCCAACCCAGAGAACCACACCAUCUCCUUCCUGCUCCCUGCGGGGGCCAUAUUUGAGCCCUCCCUGUCUGUGGGGUCUGAGGAGGACAGUGUCACCUCCCUCAACCUGGCUGUGGCUGGUGGGUACAAGUUGUUUCCCCCAUGGGUACUGGAAGCUGCAAUGAACUUAAACAAUGUCUCCCUCUUCCAGCGACUGACAGUGAGGGAAAUACUCUGGGGUUACAAAGACCCCAUUCUGAAAGGGACACUGGGCCUCUUUUUUCCUUACAACGGCACCUAUGAUGGGCCAUACAGUGUCUUCACAGGCAAGGAUGACAUCUCUAAAGUGUCUAUCAUUGACAGCUGGCAGGAGGAAAAGAAGGUGUCUUUCUGGAACAACACAUACUGCGACAUGAUCAACGGCACAGAUUGCUCGUCAUUCUCUCCCUUCCUGGACAAGAAGAAGCCUCUGUACUUCUUCUCCCCUGACAUCAGCAGGUCUGUGUCAGCUGAGUAUGAGAGGAGCCUGAACCUGAAGGGGAUCGAGGUGUACCGGUUCAAACUUCCCCCGCUCACCUUAGCCUCCCCUGCAGUCAACCCAGACAACCAGUGCUUCUGCACGGACUCCGUGGUCUCUAAGAACUGCACAUUGGCCGGAGUCCUGGACAUCAGCUCCUCUCGUGGACAACCAGUCUAUAUCUCCCUGCCUCACUUCCUGCAUGGUAGUCCAUACCUGGUUGAAGAUGUGGAGGGCCUUGGUCCUAGUGAGGAGCAUCACGUCACGUUCCUGGAUGUGGAACCGACAACAGGGUUCAGUCUGAGGUUCGCUAAGAGACUGCAGGUGAACAUGAUGUACAGCCCCUCCAAGAUCAUCACGUAGGGUGUUAAAGUGAAGGAUUACACCGCGCUCCCUAUAGUUUGGCUAAACGUGACGGCAUCCCUGGAUGACGAGACAGCGGACAGGUUUAAGAAGGAGCUGUUAUCUCGUGUUGACAUGCUGGAGACGGUGCAGUUCACGCCGAUAGGCUUAGGGUCAGCAGCCUCGGUACUCUGCACAGCGGCACAUUGUUUGGUAAGCAGAAACAACAACAAGCUUGUGUGAGAGGGACAAUGCUGCUGGGCAACAGAGGAACAGCGGGGGUACAAGGACAGUGUGCUGUAACUUGUCACUUAAUAUCAGGCACGUUCAUCAUUUGUGUUAUUUACAAUGUCAAAAUUCUUGCUCUGAUACAAAGCAAGGAUAUAUUGUAGACAUUGUGGGAGUUAGAAUGUACUUCUUUGUACAAAUUCUUAUAAAACUGUUCCUUUGUGAUUGUAAUUUGAUUGGCACACAACUCCCGGCUAGAUUUUGGUCAGAGAUUUUGAAAGCUAGAAUAUACGGCGGUUGAAAUUGCUAUGACAUUAAUGUAGCGAACAUUCAU